AUGUCAGCGUCGCUCCUGCUGGACGCCAUUCGGAGAGGGGAACCAGAGGCGGAACUGCUGUUUCGGCUGGACGGCGGGGGAUGGGAUGGGGAGGGGUCGGCAGCGGCAGCAGACCACGUCACGCCGGCGCUCUGUGUUGCUGCCGCACAGGCUGGGUAUGGGCACUUGCUGGAGCGGCUGGCCGACAGACUGGAACCUGAGCAUGGUGACAGCGCUGCAAGCACUGGACCAGUAGAUAGCCCGCUGCAUUGGGCCGCCUUCAAAGGCCUGGCGGGGGCGGUGGAGGUCCUGGCGCGCAGGGCCGCCGCUGCCGGCGGAAUCGAGUGGGUCAACUUCAGGGGCCAGCUGGACAGUACGCCCCUGCACCUGGCAGCCAUCAGCGGCAGCCUGGAGGCCGUCAAGGCCUUGAUAUACCACGGCGGUGAUGCAAGCCUGCACCUGCGCAAUGCAUAUGGCAACAUACCCGCAAGCCUGGCCAGCACCGCCACCUGCCGCCAGCUACUCGUGAGCCUGGCAGAGGGCGGGCAGCCUGCUGUGCAGCAGCUGCGUGCCGACAUGGAUGCGGCCGCUGCGGCGGCGCAGGCUCAGAGAGAGAGGGAGCAGCAGCAGCAAGAGGAGCGGCGGCGGUUGGAGGAGGAGGAGGAGCAGCGGCAGCAAGAGGCGGAGGAGGCUGCUAGGCUGGCGGCAGAGGAGGCGGAGGCCAUGCGGAUUGCACAGGAGGAGCAGGAGAGGCGGCAGGCAGAGGAGGCGGCAGCGGUAGAGCAGGAGCGCUUGGCAGCAGAGGCGGCUGCUGCUGCAGCGGCUGCACAGACUGCUAAGAAGAAGGGCAAGUCGGGCAGCCCCACCAAAAAGCUGGGCAGCCAGGGCAGCAGGCCAACCAGCAAGGCCAGAUCGGCGGCAAAGACAGCCGCCGUCAUGAAGGCUGUGGCAGCAGCAGGCUCUUAA